CAUACCGCGUAACCAACCGGUUCCGUCAGACCAUGCGAUUCGAAUGUGGCUAAACAACCUCGAGCAAACUGGAUCGACGUCUAGAGAAAGAGGUGGUAGUGCCAGAAGGAUUCGAAUCCCUGAAAAUAUUGAACGUGUUCGACUCCAUGAAUGCAUACGUGUCAACGGAGGCCAUUUGACAGAUGUAAUUUUCAAAAAAUAAUGUUUUUUAACAUUGUAUAUCAAAUGGCUACUCUUUUAUUUCCCAGUAUGGUAUUACUAAUUACAAAAAAAAUAUUUUUUCGAUAAUAAAAUUAUUUACGAAAUCUUCCCGUUUCAUUGCCGAACUCUGUACUACAAGUGCUUAAUUAGUCAUAAAAUAGUGUUGCCCAAAUACGCUUAGGUACCUACCUACUUCAGAUCUUAUCAGAAUAUGAAUUUUUCUUUGACGUAUUUCGUGACGCCAUGUCUCAUGGUCCAAAAGUACAAAAUUUCUAUUUGGAUAGACUAGAACCCUCACAAAUAUCUGCGAACGUGUAAAAUAAUUGUCGAUUUCCUAGGUGUCGCUAUGCGUUUUAUAAAUUGAUAGGCUCGAUUCGAUUGUGCUAUCUAUUUGAUACUAAGUGUAGAUUGUGAGAUGUAAUUUAGACAAUGGACUGAGGUGGCACAUUUGAAGCCGUUCGUCUCAAAGAAAGAUGUCGUUAAACCAAUCUGGCAACACACUAACAGCGUUUGCAGCUGGCCUAGGAAUUUUUCAAGGGCUGGUAUGGACGAUUCUGGCAGUACUAGGUAUAGUAGCCCGUUUUGACCACGAUCCAAACUGGACUCCCACCCAUUCGCAAACAUUAAAUAAAUUCUUGGUUGGACUAAUCCAGAAUGAUGGGUCCUUUACUACAUUGAACGGCCUAGGAUUGUUUAUAGUCGCAAUUGUGUACCUCAUCAUAUCGGUCUUUUGGGUUAUUCUGUCAUCAAUGUUAUUUAUUAGUAUAAAGGCACAACGUCCCAACUAUUCGAACAAAGUAAGAGCGGGAUGGGGAGUGCUAACACUAGUCAUAUGCAUUUAUGACAUGAUCGUAGCAGCAAUGUUGGGAGAUAAUUACAGAAAAUAUCUUGAAGUGUACAACUACAAUCAUAACGCUGGCUAUCUAUACAUACUUAUUGGGUAUGGUACUUUGUUUACUCUUGCGGCUCGAGGAUACGUCUUAUGGAUUAUUAAUUUAGUCCUUUCGACCUUAAUGUUAAUUAGCCCUAAUCAAAAGACGAAGGCAAACACUGACGUCUACUACUCAAAUACGAUCGAUGGCAGAAAUCAUCCAGGUCAUACCAACCGUGCCUACGGCUGGGAACGCGAGGAACCAAGGUUCGAUUCAAGACCGCCAUCCGGCAACCACAACUAUCCGGGAGGAGACAAUUCCCGGAUGGAAGCAGAUCGUGUCGCUGGAUUGGGAAAGCAGGAUCCUAGAAGUUAUCCGAAGAAUGUUUUACCUCCGAAACCGCCCGCUAAUUACCGAUAUGCCUCACCGAACGUACCUCAACCUGAUUACUCCCCUCCGCAUCAACAAUCACCGCCUCCUCCCAACUCCAUGUUUAACCGUAAUGAAAGGUAUUAAAAAUUACUAACUGUC